AUGGCCCAGUCUCGAGCCAACGGCUCACACUACGCCCUGACAGCCAUAGGGCUGGGGAUGCUGGUGCUCGGCAUCAUCAUGGCCGUCUGGAACCUCGUCCCCGGCUUCACCGACAAACCCACGGCCCACGCCGGGAACAGCAGCAAGCCCGACCGCGGCACCGGGGGCAUUAUGAAGAGCAAGACCUUCUCGGUGGCCUACGUGCUGGUGGGGGCGGGCGUGCUGCUGCUGCUGCUCUCCAUCUGCCUCAACAUCCGCGACAAGAAGAGGCAAAGCGAAGACAUCCCUCACGUGCAGCGCCCGGUGUCUGCAGAGCCCUCGCAGCAGGAAGACAGUCAAGAAGAGGAUGAAGACACAUCCUCGCAGUACUACGUCCCCAGCUACGAGGAGGUGAUGAACAUGGGCUACUCGGAGCCCAGAGACUCAGACAGGAGCAACAGGAUCAGCGUCUCCCUGCCCUCCUACGAGUCGCUGACAGGGCUGGACGAAAGCACCCAAGUGCCAGGAGCUGCCGGUGCGGAGCCGGGCCCGGAGCAGCCGCCCGGCCGGCACAGCUCGCGCCUCAGCAAGCGCCUGAAGCCGCUGAAGGUGCGGAGAAUCAAAUCGGAGAAGCUGCACCUGAAGGACAUCAGGCUGAACCUCACGGAGGGGAACAGCGUGGCCCCGAUCACCAUAGAGCCGCUCACACCACCACCCAAGUAUGAGGAGAUCCAGAAGAAACCGCUGGAAAGCCAGCAAAUGACUUAA